CCUGAGGAGGCAAAUCGUGCCCGUUUCGUGCGCGGUCUCCCCUUUGCCCCACCUCCCCACCCUAUACUUCACCGGUCCCACCACUGUCCGUACACAACACGCAGACUCUUCUCUCUCUCUCUCUCUCUCAUAGAAGCAGCAGCCUAGGGUUUUAAAGUCAACCAUGGAUGGAAAUGGCUUCUGAAAGAACCCUAUCCAAUAAUCUUCAUUUCUUUCUCAUUACGCUAAUUUCUCAAUUCUACAAUCAAUUUCUUCAACGGCGAUAUGGGGGGCGCUGAUAACAACAACGGCGACGAGAUAUCAGUGGCCGCCGGCGGACAACAGGCGGCUUCGGGUUCAAGUUCGGCUCCGGCGCCAGCACCCUUACUGAAAUCCAACGCCCCGCCGCCGUUCCUGUGCAAGACGUACGACAUGGUGGACGACCCGGCUACCGACCCGGUCGUGUCGUGGACCCCCACCAACAAUAGCUUUGUGGUUUGGAACCCGCCGGAGUUCGCCAGGGACCUCCUUCCCAAGUACUUCAAGCACAAUAACUUCUCUAGCUUUGUUAGGCAGUUGAACACCUACGGAUUUAGGAAGGUUGAUCCAGACCGCUGGGAGUUUGCGCAUGAGGGAUUUUUGAGGGGUCAGAAAGAUCUCCUUAAGAGCAUCAACCGGCGAAAACCUGCCCAUGGACAUAGUCAUCAACAGCCACAGCCAUCACAUGGACAGAAUUCAAUGGGUGCAUGUGUAGAAGUUGGGAAGUUUGGCCUCAAGGAGGAGGUUGAGAGGCUAAAAAGGGACAAGAGUGUGCUUAUGCAGGAACUGAUCAGGUUAAGGCAGCAGCAACAGUCUACUGAUAACCAGCUACAAACAAUGGUGCAGCGUCUUCAGGGCAUGGAGCAGCGGCAACAACAGAUGAUGUCAUUCCUUGCAAAGGCUAUGCAUAGCCCUGGUUUAUUCACUCAAUUUGUACAGCAAAAUGAGAGCAGUAGGCGCAUAACUGAAGUCAACAAAAAACGGAGACUUAAGAAGGAAGGUAUUGCUGAGAGCGAGCGUUCUAAUACUCCUGAUGGACAGAUUGUUAAAUAUCAUCCUCCCAUGAACGAAGCAGCAAAGGCAAUGCUCAGGCAAAUCAUGAAUAGAGAUAUAUCUUCUCGGUUGGAAUCUUCUAAUAACAGUUUUGAUAACUUCCUUAUUGGUGAUGGUUCAUCAUCAUCAUCCGGUGCAGUAGACAGUGGGAGUUCUUCAAGCCGCACAUCAGGAGUGACUCUUCAAGAGGUGCCGCUAACUUCAGGGCAUGGCCUGCCUUCUGUAAUUUCUGAAACACAUUCUUCUCCACGGGUCACUAACUCUGGAACAGUUAUGAGAUCUCCAUUCUCAGACGUCAAUGCCCUUGUUGGAGCACAAGAGUCCCCAUCAAUUCCCAUACCUCAGACAAAUGUAAUUAUCCCGGAGCUAUCUCAAAUACCAGAUUUUCCACCGGAAGGCUUAGUGGAUAUUCCUGAAGAAAGCAUGGCAGGUGAAGACACUGGUGUUGGAUUUAUUGAAAACAUGGCAUCUGAAGCAGGUGAUGGAUUUAUUGACCCCACUUCAGAGGUAAUGAAUGGGUCAUUGGCGAUAGACUUUGAUAAUAUUUCCUCAGACAUAGAAGCAUUUCUAAAGGAUUGGGAUGAUAUUAUACAAAACCCGGGGGCAGAUGAAAUGGAUUCUACUUGUGCAGAAGUAGGAUUGCGUAUGGAAAAUGAAGAGCAGCAGCCAACAGAGAAUGGGGACAAAACCCAGAAUAUGGAUAAUCUGACGGAAAAAAUGGGACUUCUUACAUCAGAUACCAAAGGGGUAUGAUCUAUUUAUCUGCUAAUGUACAUUAGUCUCAUCACUAUCUAAACUCCACAGACAACAUACUAAUGAUCGUAUUUUGAUCUCGGGUCCUUUAUAUGGCCCCGUUGAAAACCAGCUGUACCUUCAUCUGUAUCAGUACAUCUCGUUCUUUAUUUUGCAAGUCUUAUGCGACUAGAGUUUCUAGUUUCCAUUUCCCUUUUGA